AUGUGUGGCAUUGCGCUGGCUGUGCAGGCCGGCGCGUCGGCCACGGCGUUAUGGACGACCUUGGUCCAGGAGGUGGCUUGUCGAGGCCCCGAUGCACAGCAGGCAUGCACGCAGGGCGGUAUUUCACUCUAUGCUUCUGUCCUGGGCCUGCGUGGCGAGACGGUGACGAGGCAGCCACUCACGUCGCCUGACAAUACGCUUUGGCUUGCAUGGAAUGGCCAAGUGUUUGAGGCCGACGAAGAAAGCUGGUAUGCCAGCGCCGAGAACGAUGCUGCGAUAUUGUUACGUCACAUUCAAGCCGUGGCACCCCCGCAGCGUAAAGAGGCCUUGUGCUCCCUUCUCGCGCAUAUGGAUGGGCCCUACGCUUUUGCGUUGGUUGAUUUCCAUGAACGUGCCAUCUACUUUGGCCGCGAUCCUCUUGGUCGUCGCUCCUUGCUGUAUGCGCAGCAUGAAGGUUCUACCUACGUGUGCUCUGUCGCCAGCGAUGCCAGUGUGCAGCAGCAUGUACCGUGGGCGGAGGUGGACUGCACUUCGAUAUGGCGCCUCGGUAUGGAGACACGUAGCGAUCCCACGGCGCUUUCUCGCGACGUGCGCACACAUUACACGACGCGUCUUACGCUCUGUGCGCCUUCCAGCCCGAUCCCAACAAGUAUAUUGCCUGCCUUUGCCGAGAUCCUGGAGGAAAGCGUACGUCGUCGUGUUCAGUGUACUCGAGUCUCGUCUUUAGCGACGCCUGGUGCUGCGCGUAUCGCCGUGCUGUUUUCCGGUGGGCUGGACUGUACAGUGCUGGCCGCCCUCGCGGCCAAGCAUGUACCCCGCGACGAACCUAUUGACUUGAUCAAUGUGGCGUUUGAGAAUCCACGUGCGAUUGCGGCUGCAUGGGCUGCCGCCCCUCCUGGCGCGACGAUCGACGAGGAUCAGUUUCCUGCCGAUCCCUACGCUGUACCUGAUCGCAUGACGGCGCAGAAAAGUCUCGAUGAUUUGCAACGUUUAUACCCGUCUCGCACUUGGCAGCUUGUGCGAGUCAAUGUGCCUUUUGCUGAAUACACAGCGCAUACCCAGCACAUUGAAACGCUGAUGUACCCUACGGCUAGCGUGAUGGACUUGUCGAUUGCUGCUGCCUUGUACUUUGCGUCGCGUGGGCGUGGUGAUGUGCAUGGCCAUAUGUACAUAUCGCCUGCGCGCAUCCUACUCUCUGGCCUGGGCGCCGAUGAGCUGCUGGCAGGGUACGCACGGCAUCGGCAGGCAUGGCGACGUGGCGGCGACGUGGCGUUGACCGCGGAAUUGCAGAUGGAUAUGGAUCGCUUACCUACCCGCAAUCUCGGCCGUGAUGAUCGCGUGUUUUCCUCGCAUGCGCGCGAAGCCCGAUACCCCUACUUGGCUCGCUCUGUCAUGACAUACUUGGCCACGCUGCCUGUGCGUGCGAAAGCUGAUUUUUCGGAAGACGGCCAUGGCGACAAGCAGCUGCUUCGUGCACUUGCUGCACAGCUAGGUCUUGCGCAUGCGUCUACGCUGCCGAAACGUGCUAUUCAAUUUGGCGCACGUAGUGCCAAGAUGGAUGCACAAGGUGCGCGCCAGAAAGGCCAUGCAGCAUUGCAUCCCCGUUCUUCGUAG